UGAUCUUGAAAAUUCUCCGCACGACUUGAAUUAUUUAUUGUCUCAUUAUCUCUAAUCUUUAAUUAGAAACACUGAAAAAAUAAUAAUUGUUAACACUAGUUUCGGUGAAGGUAACAGCGUGGUAAUUUUUUGUUUAUUAUUAUUAUUAUAACAAACCACUUCGAUUUCACGCACUCCAGUACUAACCCAAAACUAAUGGAAAACACCCAGUAUGACGCCAAAUUUCUAAUUUCGGUGACUGAAAGUGACUCUUACGUCAUCAAAUUUUGUGAAGGUGGUAGAAAGUGUAGGCGCCACUUUUACAUGACACCCAGUAUAAUGACAGUAAUUUGGCGAAAAAAUUUUGAAUGUUUGGUCGAGAAACUGGACUGCACUUUCGCUGACCGGUUUGUGGAUAUUUGCAUAUUAAGUGGUAUGCGGUGCAUUAAAUUGUUGCAUUUAAUCAAAAGUGGAUUUAUGGCGGUUAACUGGGGCACUGCGCGUGCAAGACUACGUUAACGAGGUCCGACUGUAUCCGAUUUUUUGCUUGUUUUAGCGAUAAUUUGUGUGUGUUUGUAUAGCUGCUUUGGUAAUUAAUUCGACUGUCACACCUUUUUUUAUUUACCUUGGUGUUAAGGUCAAUAGAGCCAUCUUGGCGUUUUUCUUUGUGACCACCUAUUUUUGUAAUCUAGACAGAAAUGGCAAACUCUGUCUACCAAUUAACUGAUAAUAAAGCACAAUAAAUAAAUUUUAAUGAGCAAUUAUUUGUUGGAAACAAAUUUGAAUACAAUGCAAACACAUUCAGUCCAACUAUAUAGGUUUUCGUGGAAUUUUGUUAAACAAUUAUGAAUAUUAUGAUAAACCAGGUAGUGAGAUAAGUGUUUAAAUUUUGUUUGCCAAAAACAGAACAGAAUAAAAACCAGAGAGGUGACAGCUUCGACUUAACAUCACCAAUUUUAAGCAACUAUGAGUUUUGUCAGGAGUACAUAAAGUCUAUUCGUGAUUCCCCAACGGUAUGUCUUGGGAAUCAUGGGCUUCUUGGCCAUCGUGAACGCCUACACCAUGCGGGUCACCCUUUCCGUAGCCAUUACGGAGAUGGUAGAACCCAGCAACGGUACCACCCAUCAUGACCCCAACGCUUGCUCCGGCUCUUUGUCCAACUCGUCCACCGUCACUAACCCUGAUAAACUCUACCCGUGGACGAGCACCCAGCAAGGUCUUAUUCUUAGUUCGUUCUACUGGGGUUACGUCGUCACCCAUAUUCCAGGCGGGAUGAUCGCGGAGCGAUUCGGCGGAAAGUACUCUCUAGGUUUGGGGAUUCUGUGUACGGCGAUCUUCACUUUCGUCACGCCUUGGGUGAUCUACGCGACUGAUGGCCACUGGGGAUGGGUCGUGGUAGUGCGCGUGAUUGAAGGUCUGGGAGAAGGUACCACCUUCCCGGCUUUGAACGUGCUUCUAGCAAAGUGGGUACCGCUGCACGAGCGCUCGAAAAUCGGUACCCUCGUGUUCGCAGGCAGUCAAAUCGGGACGGUACUAGGGAACGCGCUCAGUGGGGCUUUAAUAUCAGCCACCAGAGACUGGGCGUCCGUGUUCUACGUUUUUGGAGCGCUUGCCAUCCUGUGGGUGUUCAUUUGGAUGGUACUGUGUUACCCGGACCCGGAGACGCACCCCUUCAUCACCGACAAAGAGAAGGAGUACUUGAGAAAGCACAUAGUGAAUGUCACCCGGAAGAAACGCGCAGCGCCGUGGGGUGCCAUCUUCACGUCACUACCACUAUGGGCACUAAUAGCCGCCCAAAUUGGCCACGACUGGGGUUUUUUCACCAUGGUGACCGACCUCCCCAAAUACAUGAAAGACGUCCUCAAAUUCAAUGUAGCGGAAAACGGGGUAUGGUCCUCCGUUCCUUACAUUUUCAUGUGGUUGGUGUCCAUGGGUUCCGGUUGGGUGUGCGACUACUUAAUCAAGCGCCAGUACAUGUCGGUGACCCUAGCGAGGAAAGUUUUCACUUCUAUCGCGUCCAUGGGUCCGGCUAUUUUUAUCAUCGCGGCGUCGUACUCUGGGUGCGAUCGCGACCUUGCCGUUGGUAUGUUCACGGUAGCGAUGAGCUUCAUGGGUACUUUCUACUGUGGGAUGAAAGUGAACGCUUUGGACUUGGCGCCGAACUUCGCGGGGACUCUGAUGGCGAUAGUCAACGGCAUUGGGGCCAUCACCGGGAUUAUAGUACCGUAUUUAGUCGGCGCGCUAACUGAAGAUCACACGCUUUUGGAGUGGAGGACUGUGUUCUGGAUCGCGUUCGGGGUUUUUGCCCUCACUAACCUGAUUUAUGUUUGUUUGGGGAGCGGCGAGGUGCAGCCGUGGAAUCAAGUGGAAGACUGUGAUCAGAACGAAAUGGAGAUAAAGAAGAACGGGAAAUCGUGAUCUCUUACUUAAGUUAUUUAUUGUUGUUUUUAGACGAGUGUUAGCAUUCUGUGAGGAAGAUACCAUGAUACAGUAUAUGUGUGGUUGUGAUUUUGAGAUAAUAAAGUUGACAAUAAAUUGUG